UCCGUUUAUUGUCGAUAGCUCGUGCACCGUACGUGUCUGAUUUUCCCAAUUGUAAAUGAACUGUGACAUUUCCUGAUUACUCACUCGGAAUCCGUGCUCAUCAUGGUUUAUUUAGACGUCGUGAUCACGAUUGGAGUGAAUACAAUAUUUGAUUUUGUUCAACAAUAAUCCCAACGAGUGAAUUUAGUACUGAAUUGCUUCAGUGUUAGAGUUGAGUGUCGAGUGUUGAGGAGAAUUUGGUUAUUAUUGAGAAUGUUGUAAUAGCGAUAAGCAACAGGAUAGUGCAAUUUAGAAUAAUGAACAACAGUGCAAUGUUUAAAUUCCUGGGUGCUACGAUUUGUGGAAUCACAAUGACGUCAAGGACGAUUUUUCUAGCAGCAUGUGUUUUACUCCAAAUUGUUGACAUCGGUGCUGCAGGGUUUACAACAGGUAACGAAUUGACCACAGUACCAGAACCUGAAUUCGUCGAUGAAAUUGGCAACAAGACCGUACCAGCAGGACGUAACAUAAAGUUGGCGUGCAGUGUCAAGGACUUAGGAAGUUACAAGGUGGCCUGGAUGCUCUUCGACAAGAGUGCUAUUCUCACGGUCCAUAAUCACGUGAUAACGAGAAACCCCAGGAUAUCGGUGACCCACGACAAACACAGAACCUGGUACUUGCAUAUUAACAAUGUCCACGAGGACGAUAAGGGCAAGUACAUGUGUCAGAUUAAUACAGCAACGGCCAAGACGCAGUACGGCUAUUUAAAUGUCGUUGUGCCACCAAAUAUCGAUGACUCGCAGAGUUCAUCAGACGCAAUCGUGCGGGAAAAUGCUAAUGUCACUUUGUCAUGCAAAGCAACGGGAAGUCCGACGCCAAUUAUACGCUGGAAACGUGACGAUAAUGAAAAAAUUGCUAUAAACAGAUCAUUAGAAAUCUCAGAGUGGGAAGGUGAAACCCUGGAAAUAACGCGCAUCUCUAGACUUGGAAUGGGAGCGUAUUUAUGCAUUGCCAGCAAUGGAGUACCACCUGCUGUUAGCAAGCAGAUCAAAGUAUCAGUUGACUUUUCUCCGAUGCUGUGGAUACCUCACCAGCUGGUGGGUGCACCCUUAGGUUUCGCGGUGACCCUCGAAUGCUAUUCCGAGGCCCACCCCACGUCGCUCAACUAUUGGACACGUGAUGGCGGACCCAUGAUCCACGAGAGCAAAAAAUAUAAAAUGACGUCUGUCGCUGAAAAGCCGGCCUACAAAACUCACAUGACACUGACAAUUUACGACCUCGCGCCAUUGGAUUAUGGAAGCUACAAAUGCGUCGCCAAAAAUCCUCGCGGUGACACCGACGGUACAAUUCGCCUAUACAUGUCUACACCACCGAGCACAAGCCCCGGUCCGUUGACCACAGAGCCAUUGCGAAAAGGUUGGGACGUAUUGACAGAGCUGAACAAUUCGAUAGACGGCUACCCGAGUUCGUUGACUUUUCAUAAUGGGAAAACAUCGAAGACGGGAAAAUCCCAGUUGAAUCUCAACGAAGUCGACAAAUCAGAACGAAAAUCUAACAACGGGGAUAGAAAUGGCAAUUACAAAUGGACAUCUGACAAUGGUGGAGCUGUUAGCUUAUCGCGAGUAACAUCAGGACUGCUUACAGUGACAUUUAUUUCAACGUGGAUCAUCCGAUAAAUAAGCAUCAAUGUUUCUUCCGUGGUGAAUGCAAUCGCUUGAGAACAUUGGGUGUCGGUUGAACGAUAAUUUAUAGAGAGAAUUAGGAAACAAGAUGACAAGACUGAGACUGUGUAGUUAGCGCUGUUUGAACGUGAAUAAAAAGGUUGUGAAUGAAUGUUGAGGGAUAUAAUGUAAGUCGUGCCAACAGCAAUGUCAGGGUCAACACAUCGUUUCUGGAGUGGAAGAGAUAUUGUCAGUGAGGUAAUGUCAAGAAGUUACAAUUAUGUAGUAGAAUUAAUUAGAAGGCAGAGACACUUGGGAAGAAUUGUUGGCAGCAAAUGCAACGAUCUUCGCUUUUGGUGUAAUAUGUUGCAAGUCUCGUUGUCGAGAUACGUUGAAAACGGAAAGAGAGGAGAAUAUAUAAUGUAUAUGCAUUUGUGGUUUAAUGGAAAACGUUAUGGGUCGAGCGUUGUUUUUUUUUUUCAAAUUGUUUUGUGAUACAUUGGGCAAACUAUAAUGAGAAGAGUUGUUUCAUGCAGUGUUCUGAUUUUUUUUUCUUCUGAAAACAAUAUCUCAAAUCAUUAUUAUGUCAUGCGAACGUGAUAUUAUACUCCUACGAUGAAGAAUGAAUUACAUUAUGGAGACACAGGUGAAAUUUCUAUUUCGAAAUUACAGACCAAAAAACAUCCGAGUUUGCUUCACUAGUCUACAGAUUAAACACAACUUAUCAUAAUGAUAACAGAAACACAAAUUCUUUCGUUUAAUUGGAGAGUCCGCCCCUUUCUAGUUUCAUCACUGUCCUUUUCUCAAUACCAAGAACACUGAGCAUUUCUCUACUUGGUGAAAUAGGAGCGAAAAAACUGAAGGAGAAAUUAAUUUCUCUUUGCGCACUGCUACCAACAUUUUCCAAAGUUUCUCUCACAUUCGCAAAUAUCGAAAUUUCAUACAGCUUGCUCUUCUCAUCUUCCAAUAUUCAUCCUAUCCCUCCGUUACGCUCGAGUUUUUGUAAAAUGCACUCUGGACCCAUCUGCAUGCUUGAGAUUAAAACGUCAGAUUCGCUUCACCGAUGCGCCCUUAACUCCUUCAUCGACUUUUUCCCUGGGUCGAAGAGAACUCGGAACUGAGAGACUCGCUGAGGAACCAAAGAAAAUGUACAAGAGGAGAAAGAUUAAUGUUUGAUCAAAAUAUAGCACAAACUCUUGAAAUUUUAAAAACGAAAAUUAUCACUGAGCAAUUCUCUACAUUCGGUUCAGUGGAUUCGACUCGUUUUAAAAUGGUGCUUUGUCAGCUGGAGCUGAUUCUCUCCAUGAAUUCGCAGAGAAGGAUUCAUAAUCUGAUGUAUAUGGUGGAAUUUACUUUACAAACCAGAAUUAUUGCUGGCGCAAGGAAUAUAAAAAUAUACAAAUGCGCCAAAAAUUAUGAAAGUUUAUCGACGCUAAAUAUACGAAAGAAUUCACACAAUGCAAGCUCAAUAAAUCCUGCUCAUAGCGGAGGAUAACAGAAAGUACGAGAGAAUAAAUAAGGGAAGAUUGGAUGGAGGUAUUGAGCAGGGCCAGAAUACUCUCGAGCUUACACUAUCUCAGGAAAAAAGUACUAGGAACCAUCAGCUCGACGCCUUCUCCUUCAUAACUCCUCGACUAUAAAAUAAAAAUACAAUCGAUCGAUAUCUCCUAGAACUCGAAUGAACAAAUGAAAUUAUCAACGCAUCAUUGAACUCGAUCACCAGAUUGUUCAUCAAAUCAACUUCGUAUGAGUUAUUUUCGUGAAGCGCCAGGGGACAUCCAUUAUUCAGUAAAGUAGUUUUAGCUAAGUGCAACAGGUGCGUUCGUACGGUGAAACAACAAGGAGUCCAUCUGCAUCGGAUUAGAGAAAAGGUUCCCAGAAGAGGAACGUCAACAGCUAGUGACUUGACAUGAGGGACAAUAAUUCGCCCAGUGAGUGCACAAACCGACUAAAGCUACAGAAAGUUAUUUAGCCCAGGAGCUGUCUUCCGGGAAAGUUAAUAGCCAUUUCAUGUAAUUCAUCUGGAAAAGUUAAUGAAUUGUCCAAUACCGAAGAAAUUAAUCUUAGCCCGAAAAAGUUAUAAAUGAGAAGCUCUCUCCGAAGUUCACUCUCCCCUGCUUCUUUCAGUUAUAGAGGCGCGAUAAAUAUUCUAUUAAAAACAAUAUCUAAUAGAAUAAUGAGAUAUUUCAUGGGCAUUUUUGUAAUUUGUGUAAUUAUUUUCGCAAUUUAGUUGCAAUAUUAUUGCAAUGCAACUGGUUGUGAUUUAUUUUUUGAUUUAUGUAGAAUAAAUAAUCACCGCGAUGAAGGACAUCUUGUGGGUCCCGGAGCGUUAACAGGAACGAAAGUUCAUUCAUCUUCUUUUAUUUUUUCCUUUGAGUAACUUAAUCAGACUCUUUCAAUAACCGUAAAUGGCUUAGGGAUUUGAAUAGAUUUCCGCAACUCAACUAAUUGAAAUGGAAAAUUUUUAUUCUCAUCAUUUAAUUUUACACUAAAUUCAAGGAAAAUUGCAGCAUAAGGAAUUUGGAUGAUAAAAACAUUCAAGAGUGUGUGUGAUUUGUAGUUCGUGCACGAGAAUCACAAUUGUUCACUAGUUAUCAUAUUAAUGAGUCGAGACAAAUUGAUGAAAAGAAGUUGAGCAUAGAGAACCCUGAAAAUAGGAGAAGUGUGUAAUGAACGUCGAGAGAAUAAGAUAGAGAGUGGGAGGGCUUUGGAAGGUCCACUGAAGGCUCAAGGGCUGCUGAAAGCUAUCUCGACCAAAUAGUUUGCUAUCAUAGUGCCACGCAGCCACUUCUCUUCCAAGAUCAACGAUAAACCGACAAUCGUCGGAUGAAAGAACGGAGUUUAAGGGUCGUAAAUCCAUAGUGCACGUCACCCGGCAAAUCACGGGAGUGAUCGGUACAAGAGGGAAAUCUAUUGAAAAAUAAAUGAAAUUGUAAAAAAUGUCAUCUUGCUCGAUUUGAAAUUCAAGCCAGUUGACCAAUAAUUAUCGAGAGAAAAUGAUAUUGUAUCCUGUAAAUAACGAAUUAAUUAAGAUGAAUCGUACGUAGGUGACUACCAGUGUACGCAGCUUUGAUGCCUCAGUCCCUCGCUUUGGACAAGAACAAUGAUAGAGAACUUUUUUAAAAAAUGAUAAGGAUAUUUUCAAAAAAAAAUCUGACGCAUGAAAAACGAAUUAUGGAGAUUGAAAGAGUUUGUAAUCAGGAAAAUGUUCUUUGGCUCGCCAUCAAUCGAUGGGGAUCUCAUAAUGACGUAGUUGAAUUGUCAAGAUAUUUCUAAGAGCCUUGUAAUUUCAAAACCAUUGGAAAAGUAAUCUACUAUUUUCGUCUCAUUCUAUUUAAUUAAUUCCUCCAUCAUUGAAGAGCAUUUUUCUGUAAUUACAAUGUAAUUCAUAUGUACACAUACUAACUAAACACCUAGUAAUAAAAAAAUGAAUAAAUGUCACUAUAUUGUAUGUUAAGUAAGGUAUUAAACACUAUAUUGUGCUUUGCAUCGUUAAGUUGAAUGUUGUUACAAAAAAGUGAAAAAAUUAUGAAAAAAAGUGAAUGGAAGAUUGAUAUAAAUUUA